UAAAUAACAUAAGAAAGUACUUUUAGAAAUUAAAUCGUACCUUUGCAAUGGCUUCUGGGAGUAGUUCGAAAUUUAUUUAUUAUGAGGACCCUCCACCCGGAGCAAUCGACGAAAAGGAAUUCUUUUGCACAGAAAAAAUUGUACCUCGAAAAAUAAAACCUCAAAAUAUCGUCAUAAGAUUAAUGGAAAGAGAAAUACACGGAUCACGGAAACCUGGAUCGCAUUUUCACGUUGUUCGUGAAUUUUAUCAGAAUGUUUUUCCAAAUUUAACUAUCGUAAACGUUGAGAAACCUCCGUGCUUUUUGAGGAAGUUUAGUCCAGAUGGUAAACAUUUCAUAGCAUUCUCAGCUGAUCAAACUUCUCUGGAGAUCUAUGAAUACAGAGGUGCUUCUAGUGCAGGAGACUUAGUGGCUGGUUAUCCAACUGACUUGCUUAAUGCAGAUGCUGAUGCUCAUCACAGAAUUAGAACACAUAUAUUUUAUAGAUUCUUUAAGCCCAAGUUUACAGUGAAUGUUUGUCAACAAAGAGAUAUCAGAACUGAUCGUCUUGGUAACAUGCCUGUGAUGGAGCAACAACUCAACAGAGAAUGCAGCUUGUUUACCGAAGAUGGUAGAUAUGUAAUAGUGGGAUCUGCAGCACAUAUUCCAGAUGACUUGAGACCACAUUUUUAUCACAUUCACAGUAACAAUGAAGCUGUCACGCCUACAAUAAGGUCCCCCUUGGAAGAUUAUUCACUUCAUUUAGUUGACCUACAUCAAGGGAAACUUUGUGAUACAAAACAUUUUAGAAUCGACAAAAUUUACCUAUCGCACAAUCAAGGUAUUUAUUUAUACAAAGAAGUGCUUGCUGUUCUCUCGGUACAACAUCAAACAAUACAUUUGUAUCAAAUUGUUGAAGGAAUGUUGAUUGAAAUUAGAAAAAUUGGACGGUAUUGUUAUGACGAUGACCCGUUUAUAGUCAGUUCAAUAAUAGGCAAAUCCAUAAAUGAGAAACCAUUUCACGAAGAAACAAUUAAUAGUUUAAAACACAGGAUACUUGUAUUUUUGUUUAAGAGAGCUAAAAAAAUCACCGACGAGACUGGUGAUCCUUUGGAGUUACGAAAGUUUUACAAGUACUUCGAUAUGUUUAAAAGUUUGAGAAUGUGGAAGAUGCAACUGUUAGAUGAAGAUCAUUUAUUUAUAAAAUACGCAAGCGAAGAGGUUGUGACUCUUAGGGUGGCUGAACCCAACAGUCAGUCAUCAUUCUUUGUCAUAUACAACAUAAGCCAGAGUAAAGUGUUGGAAAUAUACGAGAACACGUCCGAAGCGCUUUUGCAACUUUUCGAAAACUACUGUGAUUGUUUUAGAAAUGCGAGACUGUGUGCAGAUUCGCAGUUCACUUGCUCGCCAUCGAAUAAUUUAUACGCCAGGUUGACACAACAAAGGUUUAAACAGACUAUAGUUAGAGCGAUAUAUGGAGGACGUACUGAAGCAACUAAAAGAAUUUUAGCGCAAUUACCGAUAAGCGCGCAGUCGUAUAGUGGAUCUCCGUAUUUAGAUUUAGGUCUCUUCAGCUACGACGAUAAAUGGGUAUCUGUGAUGGAGAGACCUAAGGCCUACGGAGAAUAUCCCAUAAGGUAA